AUGCAUGGUGUCAAAAAAUGCAGUUCGUCUGUCGAAGUUCUGUCAGUUCUCCGAGAUUUCCGUCGCACAAAGAAAUUCUGUGACAUCACUUUGAAAUGUGGUGAGCGAAAUUUUUAUGCCCAUUGUUGUAUUUUGGCUGCUGUUAGCCCAUUUUAUUUAGCCAUGUUUCGUAGUGGCAUGUCCGAAGUGAACUGUGAAUUCAAAACUGUGGACUUAGCCUUUUUAUCUGUUAGCCCGUCCGCAGUAAGCGUUGCUCUUGACUAUAUUUACGGUGAAGUUAUAGAAAUCAAUUUGGAAAACGUUUUUGAAUUGCUUGUCAUAGCCGAUUAUAUGCUUCUCAAGGAGUUAAAAAAUGAUGUCAGCAAUUAUCUAUGUGAAUGCUUAUCUGUAGAGAAGCCUGAUUUGUGUUUUGAAACCAGGCGUGUUGCAGAAUUGUAUGGGUGUAAGGGACUUUAUGAGGCAACAAACUCUUUUAUCAAUGCGAUGUUUUAUCGACUUUCGCACACGUCUGCGUUCUUGGAAUUGAGUGUAGCAGAAUUGGAAUCUUUCCUAGAAUCUGACGACCUCUCCACCAAUGAGCGUGAACGAUUCGAAAUCAUUUCGAAGUGGGCUGCCAAUUCUCGAGAAUCCAGAGAGAUGGAACUUGGACGAUUACUUAAUGAGUAUAUCCGCCGACGGACCCUUUCGCCAAUCGAGUGUCGCGAAAUGUUUGAUCGUUAUGAAUUAUUACCAAAUCUUUUUAUAUUGGAUAUGUUUGAAGAAAGAUUCUUCAGACCAGAUAAUGUACGCAACGAAAUGCAUCGUCAGGGGCGGCAAGGUCAAGAAGUGAUUCUAGUGUUUGACAAUGACAAACCGCAAGCAUAUAUACCUGGUCUAAUUCCCUGGCACCCAAUCACGCCCAUGCCGGAAACUAGGGAACAAUUCAAAGUUGUGAUGUUAAACAAUUUGGUGUAUGUUAUUGGCGGGACAACAGGCCAGACAAUAAGUUUAACCGUUUGGCGAUACUUCCCUUACCAAAACUUCUGGAAAACUGCCGCACCAAUGCUGAAAACGGCAGCAAGUUUUGGCGUAGCUGCAUUAGCUGAUCGCAUAUAUGCUACAGGGGGUCCGAAUGCUAAAUACAACAUGCAAGUAUAUGACCCUCUUGAUGAUGAAUGGUUUUUUGGCAAGCCAAUGCAGGUCAAACGAGUAUACCAUUGUAUGGUCACCUUCCAGAAUAAAUACUUGGUUGCAAUUGGAGGAAACAUGCCUACCACAGAUUCACUAUAUUCUGUUGAAAAAUAUGACAGGGAGACAAGAACCUGGACUUAUAUGCCACAACUAAAUAUCGGUCGAAUUGAGGCAAGUGCAGUAGCACUCGAUGACAAGAUAUACGUUGUUGGUGGUUACAGCGGGUCAUCACCUCCCGAGCUCAACAGUUGCGAAGUUUACGACAGUUCAACUAACAAAUGGUCGUUAAUAGAGCCCACAAACACGCCAAGACGAGAUGCCGCAAUUACAGUCUAUCAUGGUAAAGUGUAUAUACUUGGAGGAAAUCCUAAGAAGGGGUUGCCUAAUUUUGAGUACUAUUGUGAGGAAACUAAAUCUUGGAAGACUGAGGAGUCUGGAAGCUUUAGUUCGGGUUGUCAAUGUUGUACUGUUACCUUAAGUGGAAAAUGCAUUUGUGAACUGUAUGAGCGUUAG